UGGUUGACUUCCUUCUGAUGUCACAAUUCAUCGCAUCUCAACCAGUAAGUCGUUCCUUGACAACUACAGAGGAGUAAGCAAUCUUACAAGGAGACGUCACCGUUGUCCUCAUAAUCCUACAAGGAUUUAUGACUAUGGAAGAGCGUCAAGCCUCAUGACGGAAUACACAGAAAAAUACCCUUUAUACCGCAACGUCCCUCCACCCAAGAGCCUCCGGCCCAAGCAGGAAUAUCGGAGCCAUGGAGGGAAAAUGGAAGGUCUCACCACUUUCAGAUCUGAUUACCUUCCAUAUGAUAUAACAUAUCGACCCGUUCGUGUACAGGAGGAAUACAAACCCAUGGCUGGAGAAAUUGACAUGGGAACCACUUACAGAAGAGAUUACAAUCCUCACAAAAUAGAACCAGUAAUAUUAGUAAGACCUGCAGAAAAGAAAUACUUUUCUAAAUGUAAACUGAACACCAUUCCAACCUACCAAGCUGACUUUAAACCCUGGGAAAUAGAAAAAAGGGAGCUCUGUAAAGUGGAGCGCGUCUACCAUCCCCCCACUGAAAAAUUUGGAAACGCCACUACCUCCCAGGAUGCUUUCAUUCCAAGGGAAUUUUCCCUCCGGAAGCUCAUUAAGCCGCCCGACGCCACCCCGCUUUCAGACCAGCCUUUUAGCAGCGAGACAAGUCACCGGAGCGAUUACAUUCCCCAUCAGCUGGAACCCAUGUGGAAAAAGUCGAAAGAAGCCUACAGGCCCAGCAGCCAGCCUUUCGAAAACGUCACCACCCACCAGAGUGAUUUUAGGGGCCUCCCUGGCGAUCUGCCCAAAAGCUUCAAGCCCGAACCGACCAAAAUGGAAACCAAGUCCGAUUUUGAGGGAAUGUCAGAAUUUCGUGAUCGCUUUCAGCCGUGGGCAGUUUCCUUACCUGAGCUCCGUAAAGCGAAGGAGUACGCUCCGCCUACGGGCAGCAUGGAGUUUAACUCCACAUCCCGCCUCGAUUUUCCUCCUCACGUCGUCAAUCCAGUGGUCCUCGUGAAACCGCUGGAAAGGAUCAAAAAGAGCAGCCCUCCCUUCCAAGGGAACACGACUAUGAGAGAUUCCUUCCAAGCUUGGGAUAUCCAUCCCCCUGAAAUGAUUAAAAAACCCCAGGAGAUAUCCAAGCCCUCAGGUAAAUUGGAUGAUAUCACCACCUUCCGAUCUCACUAUACACCACACAGUCUAAUCCCAACCCAGAGCUGCAAACCUCCAAAGAUAGUUUUGUCCAGCUCGGCACGUUUCGAGGACGAAACCAUCUACCGUACGGACUACACCCCAAAGAAGAAAGAGAUUUGUCCAGUAAAUUACCCAUCCCCUCCAGGAUACGUCUACGUCAGCACCGAUUCGCGCGGUCACAAAUUCUUUCGCAAGGUGACCUCAGAUGUCAGUAAGGUUCUCCAUCCAAAUGGUAAUCAUGUUCCAAAAGAAAUAGCGGUUGCAUCCUAAUCUCUUUAAUUAUUUGGCUCUGCCCAGGGCUGAAGAAUAUCAUGCCUUAGGCAGAACUAAUACGGGUGGCUCUAACUAUUAAAAUAAGCACAAUGAUUACAAGGUUUUUGGGAAUGUGAAAACGGAAAUGUUUAUAAGAAAUGGUGAUGGAAACUGAAUCAGUAUUUCUAUGAAAAAAAAUUUUUCUUCUUCUUCAGUGGUUUGUUAAAAUAAUUUAAUCCUUAAUGAAAAUGUUCUGUUUGGCAAUAACGUGACAAAUUUAAUAUACAGUAAAGACUUCUACUAUGUACUGUAUGGUAUGAUUCAAAUGUAAUCUGUUUGUAGCAACCUUUCUUUUUCUUUCUUUCUUUCUUUUUUCUUUUUUGGCAAUAUUUUCUCAAGCUAGAUCUAGAAAGGAAUCAUUAUUUACACCUAUAGUUUUUCAAGUUAAUUUCCAGCAUCUCAUCUUCAGUAAUGCCAGGUCACAGAAGUGGUCUAGAAUUGACCGAUUAAUGACUAGAGAGAACAAUAGGAGCCUACAGAUCAUUAUGUUUACGAAUAAGCCUAUAAUACCUUGAACCUAACAGUAUUUCUGACAUUCUAACACAGGGGUCCUCAAACUUGGCAGCUUUAAGACUUGUGGACUUCAACUCCCAGAAUUCUCCAGCCAGUUAUGCUGGCUGGAGAAUUCUGGGAGUUAAAGUCCACAAGUCUUAAAGCUGCCAAGUUUGAAGACCUCUGUUCUAACAGCAUGUCGAGUGACCUCUGAACUAGCUUUUUAAAAAAAAUUUAUGGGACUUAUUAGCGUAUCAAUGACAUUUAAAUGGCCACUGAUCUGCCUAUCAGCAGAUUUGUACUUGCCUGAAGCAACCUUAACUUCCUGCCACCUUAAUCCUAUCCACAGAAGUUUUGGGGUUGUGGCAGAAGGCAGCGUCCUACUCUCACUGGUAGAUGAAGCAUCUCCUGUUGAAUUCAGCUAAGCUAACUAUCCAGGAAGAAUUUAUAGGAUCAGAAGUAAACAUGUGGCCUCAGCUAGAUUAGACUUUUCUAGAUUAGGCUUCCCCCCCACCAAAGUUGACUCCAUUUCUUAUUGAGAAAAAAGGCAAAAUAACAUUGUAGAAUGACAAAUCUGCCUUUCAGAUCAUUAUUUCAGCCGUCAUGGUUUGUUUUUUUUAAAUUAAUGAAGUCCUCGGUUUGAUUAGUCCUAAACUGAUGAAAUUUGUUUCAGUGAGUGUUUCUGUUUCAAUAUGAUAGAUUGACGUUUACCUCCGAGUUCUUUUGUACUCAUUAAUUGAAGGAAAUCGUUUUAUAAUUGAAGCACCAUGUAAUCCUUCUGCUCUGUCUCCAAGUUAGCAAAAUAAGAGACUGAGAUUGAUAAAUAGUGUCAAAAGAGCAAAAAUAAAUCAUCCAAAAAAGGGACAGGAAACCAUCUGAAUGUCUGGGAAUGUUUGUGUUGUGUCACUCACACAGAUACAGACUGAGAUUAGCAUCCGUUUAUUUUAUAACUUGUCCUAUGUAAAUGUAUUGCUCUAAAAAUCUAAUUAAACACUUUUGCGUCACAUUAUAUUUUCCGUUUCUUAAAAUACUUCUAAAGAUUGUAGCUACACUAAGGGUAUAAAAUCCCAUCUGAAAUGGUAAUAUAUUUAUGUUUUUUUAGUCAUCAGAUAGAUACCGAUAAAUUUCUGAAUUCUAUGGAAUGAAUUCUUUUGACAUGUAGUUAUAAGAUAAUCCUUGAUUUACAACAAUUUGUUUAGUGUCUAUUCAAAGUUGCAACAGCACUGAAGAAAGUGACUUAUGAUCAUUUUUCACACUUAUGACUCUUGCAGCCAUAUGGUCACAGGAUCAAAAUUUAGACGCUUGCAACUGAUUCCUAUUUAUGACUGUUGCAGUUUCCCAGGGUCAUGUGAUCACCUUUUGUGACUAGAUUCACUUUAUAUCGAUGUUACUAACAAGGAAGGUCACAAAAUGGGGAAAAAAUUCACUUAAUAAUUCUCUCUCUUAACAACAGAAAUGUUGGGCUCAAUUGAGAUUAUAAAUUGAGGAGUACCUGUAUUGGAUCAUUAUUUAAUACCUAGAACAGGGGUGUCCAAACUUGGCAACUUUAAGACUUGUGGACUUCAACUCCCAAAAUUCCUCAGCCAACAAAAUUUUGG